CCUUUAAAAUAUCUUGAAUGGGUUGAGGAAAAAUCAAGUCUUGAACUGGAAAGUCCAGGAGGAAGAGCACCUGAACCCACUACCCACUGUCUCAACCCCACAAUAAAGGGGAAGGGGCUGGGUAAACAGCAGCAGGGGUCAGGAUUAGAUCACAUAAGGCCGCAUCCUGACAGCCAAAUGGUGCAGAGAACUGGUAGGUAAGGUGAAAUGCAGAGCUGGAAAAGACACCAAGGUCACAAUGGAGCUUAAGAGCUUUAAAACUACUGGGGAGUGAGAAGUGGGGAGAAAGGUUCCAGGGAGGAAGGAUGUACAGAGGUAGUUCCCUGGUCCUGUUCUAGCCCCAAACCGGUUUUCCCGGUCCCGCUGCCUCCAGCCUCAAGGCCUCCAACCCGCUGCCUGACAAGCCUUCACAAGAAGCAGCUGGAGAGAAAGAGAAAGAGAACUGAGAGAAUGGAGUGGGCUGUUCUGGCUAUGAGCCCAGGACUGCAGCUGGUCCCCUAUGGAGACCUCCAGACAUGGAGGGCUGCUGCGGGGGCUCUAGAGAAAUAGAGGUGAACCCCAUCUUUCAGUCAAGUGACAAGCAUUUGCCCCAGGACCAACUGUGUCCUUCCCCAGGUAGGUCUUGGGGAGGCUCAAGAGGAAACAGAGCUAGGCCCUAAAAACUCCCCCUUCCCAAUAUAUUCAGUGACAUAGAUUCCAUUUCUGCUCACCCCCACCCCCAACUCUACCUGGAAAGUCUCUGCUCCUCCCGAGGCUGAAUUAGGAUUGGGACCUCUCUGUGAAUCUUUCCAACUGAGCCACUGCCUUCCGUGGCUGCCUGUCUCAGAUCUAGACUCUCCCGGACCAGCUCCGCUUCACUUUGUCGGCACAGCCAACACUGAGGCUGGUUGAGUCUCAAAAGAGACUUUCUUCCCAACUCCCCAACACUCCAGACCCUUCUUUCCCUUCUACUCUUCAUGGGCCUCACCUGUGCACCGCCCGAGCGUGGACAGGGACGGUCACUCACCGAGCGCACCCCUUCUGCCACCGACCCAGCAUCUCGGCAGCCGCGGACGCCCUCCUCCCCCACCCCCAGCAUCCGGUGCCUCUCCGCCUGGCUGGGCAGGCGGGGCGCACCGGCCGAGCGACCGACUCCCAGUCCUCACCUGCUCUGCUACGGCAUCCAGGCGUCCGGCAGCUGGUGGGGGGCCCCCGCUCGGUGCCCGCCAAUGUGGGGUUCCCGGGCUCGCUCCUCGGCGCGGUGGGGAGCCGAGGGCGGGCCGGCAGAGGUGGGGCUGGCCGAGGGCGGAAACGGCCGCGACGCGAUUACGAAACCCGUCCUGCUGGGAGCCGGGCGCACAGCUCCACUCUGGACUAAGGAGGCACUGCUCUGUGAAGGGACGUGGGAGGGGCCUCGGAAGCCCCUCGAGGAGGGCCUGGCAUCCAAGCUGGACCCUCCGGAAUCGCACGAUCUCUUCGCGCGCCAGACGUUUCGGGGCAAAAGGAAGCGGAGCCCCCAAAUCCUCCGGCCCCAACCUUUUUCAGAGAUUUGCAGAAGCACGCACAGCCCCCAGUCUUCCUGUGCCCUAUACCAGAUGGAAUAGAGCUGGGUGUAUUUACCCACCGGGAGGGUGGGGAGGCAAGUCGGGAAGGAUGGAGAAUUUUUCUGAUUCUCAAAAACAGUUCGUAACCUGAAAUCAAAUUGGGGAAUAAAAGGACACUCCUCUCCUCCAUCAAUAGAGUUAAGAUAUUUAAUCUAUAAGCCUAAAAGUAGAGGACAACGGACUGCUCAUUCAUUGCACCCUCAGUCAGCAUGGGGGUGCUGGAAGAGCUCAGGAAUCUUUGCGCAGACCAAUGAGCCUACGGAGAUGCUUUAAUCCUGUCUCCCUCCCUAACGUGUUCUGGAACCUAUCAUUUGAAUUAGCCGAGUCAGGCAGGGAGGGGGCGGGGAGUCCUUCCGCCCUUCUUAGGAGGGGCUGCAUUGCAGGGGGAGACUGAGCAGACUGACUCAGUCACUGAACAGGGAGAGGGAGUGAGAAGACAAAGCCGUCAAAACCCCAGUAGCUUUCUUUUUCUCCAGCCCAGAGCAGACACCGGAGCCCCGAGGUACUCCCUCCAUCUUUGGAACACGCUCAUAAUUCAUCGAUAACAGGAAGUUAUGAGGGACCCUGUGAGUAGCCAGUACAGCUCCUUUCUUUUCUGGAGGAUGCCCAUUCCAGAACUGGAUCUGUCGGAGCUGGAAGGCCUGGGUCUAUCAGAUACAUCCACCUACAAGAUCAAGGACAGCAGCGUUGGCAAAAUGACGGGGCAAGCAACCGGAGCAGAACAGGAGAAAAACCCUGAAGGCGAUGCCCUCCUUGAGUACAGCACCUUCAACUUUUGGAGAGCUCCCAUUGCCAGCAUCCAGUCCUUCGAAUUGGACUUGCUCUAAGCCCAAGACCUCUCUCUCCCACCACCAUGCCCUCAUUGCCUGCCUUUCAAACCCCUUCCUUUCCACCCCUUUGCCCUAUCAAUCUUGCCUUCUCCCCUCUAUUGUGUUGAGGUGGUGCUGAUGAAUCUGCCAGAGUUGUGUUUUUAUUUAUUUAUUUAUUUAUUUAUUUAUUUAUUUAUUUAUCUAUCUAUCUUUCUUAUCAUUUUCUCUCGAAAUCCCUCCAAGCCAAAAAGUAAAGGGUUCAAAACAAUGGAGUACUGGGUCGCAGGGAAUCCUCCUCUUCCCCUAGAUAUUAAUUCCAGAAAUCAGGCCCGAAGAGGGCACCAGAGAGUCAUAUAGUAGUGCAAAAUGGAAGAUUGAUUUUUUUAAACUUCAUUUUGAUUAGCUUCGAGAUUGCUCAAAACCUUCUAAUUUCUGGCUCCAGGCCAGUAAACACAAAUAUUUCUUCAAGGGUUAAUGAAAACCCUGCAAGUUUUAAUUUGAGAUUAUCUGCCACAAAACUGUAGGAUUUCUGAAAGGCGAAGGUGAUGACUCCUGCUUUUUUGAUCCUGCUCCUUCUUGUAAUACUCUUUUUCUCAGAGAAAUUGGAACUAGUUAAAGGUAUAAAACAAGAGGAAAAAAAUACAUCAUGGGAGAUGACAAUAGAGGAAAGCAAUGAAUCACUUUAGAAAUACUUACCGCUCUCAAAAGGGUUACAAUAUAUAUGCUUCUUCAAGCCUACUCACUUUACAAUUUUGCUGCUGUGGGCUGAAAAUUCUAGCUGAGGAAAAUCACUGGGAUUUCAAAUCUUAAAAUGCAAUCUUGCUGACUUGUGAUAAUGUGUGGGGUUUUAUUCAGUUUCUAAAUGGCACAGGGUUUGGUCCUUAGUAUUUUAGUUUUGCUCUCUGGCAUUUGCAGUGUAGAAUAGUGAUCAAUGGGCCUCAGGCACAGUUCUUCAGCCACCUUGAGACCAAUAAAAUGAACAAUCACACUCUGAUCCUACACCUUGUUCCCACUCCUUCCAAAAUUACUUCUGGUGAUUUGUGUUGCCAUUUAAUCACUUCUUUAAUAAAGACAUUCAAUCCCA